UACCUUCCGAUCCCCCAACAAUGUAACAAUGCAGGUUAUAACAUAUGGAGGGAUUAUCACUACCCUAUAUGUACCAGAUAAAAAAGGAGCUGUGGACGACAUCUGCCUUGGAUUUGACACAUUUGAAGAUUAUGAGAAAGAUCAUCCGUACUUUGGCGCCAUUGUGGGCAGAGUAGCCAACCGGAUUGCCAAGGGAAAGUUUGUGCUGGACGGAGUGACAUACAAUUUGCCGAUUAACCACGGCUCUAACAGCAUCCAUGGCGGUAUUAACGGAUUUGAUAAGAAACUGUGGGAUGCAACAUUAGAUGGAUCCCAACUCAAGCUCCAAUAUAUAAGCAAAGACGGUGAAGAGGGUUAUCCAGGGGAGGUAACUGUUCAGGUGAUGUACGAACUGACAACAGAGAAUGAGCUGCUCAUAGACUACACGGCGACUACAACGAAAGCCACGCCAAUCAUGCUAGUAAACCACGCCUAUUUCAACCUAUCAGGACAUAACAGCAAGGACAUCUAUGAUCACAUGGCCCAGAUUAACGCUGAGCGGUACUUGAUCGUUGACGAGGAAGGAAUCCCGUCUGGUGAGAUUGCUCCGGUAGAAGGUACACUUUUCGACCUACGCAAGAAGGUGCGUCUGGCUGAACGAAUCAAACUGAUAAACGACGGCAUAGGAUUUGACAACAACUUCUGUCUGGAUCUUUCCGAUCAAAGGAAAUAUGUCGCUAGAGUUGAAUGUCCGCAGACAGGUCGCUUCCUCGAGGUCUAUUCCACAGAACCUGCUGUACAGUUUUACAAUUCUGGCUACCUGGACGGCGUCAAAGGCAAAGGCGGAAUAACGUACGGCAAACAUGGUGCCUUCUGUUUGGAGCCACAGCAUUAUAACGACAGUGUGAAUCAGCCGUCCUUCCCAAACACGGUCCUGCGACCUGGAGAGACGUACCGACAGACCACCUGGUACAGGUUCGGGAUAGUCGAAUAGGAAGUAGCGUGGUUUUAUAACCGAUGCCAGAUUCAAAGGAAG